GCUUCGUACCACCUACAUUCAAAACAUUUGAUGGAACAGGGAACCCUCGUCAGCAUGUUGCACACUUCCGAGCAAGCUGCUGCAACGCGGGGGGUAGCGAAGCGCUUUUAUUCCGCCAGUUUGUGAGUAGUCUCUCUGGAGUUGCUUUUGAUUGGUAUGCAGAACUGCCUAAUGGGUCAGUAAAGACAUUCACAGAAUUGGAGAACAUGUUUGUCAAGAGGUUCGCUGGAGCUCAGCACCAUAUCACCAUUGGUGAUCUUGUGGUGGAGCGACAGAAACCAACGGAAACCCUAGUGGAAUACAUUCUGCGGUGGAGGAAUCUAAGUAUGAAGUGUGAGCCACAAUUGCAGGAACAACAUGCAAUUGAGAUCUUACUCAAGAGCAUUCAUGGUCCAGUAGCUUUCCUACUCAAAGGAUUUACAAUCAAAACAUUUGAAAAGCUCCUCAGUAAAGCUGCAAGCCUGCAAGAGGAGGCUAAACAACUCGGAUUCCUGGAGAAAGCUGACAAUUCAAAGCCCGUAAAGACAUUCGAGAAGAGGUUUGGAACGGUGGCAACAAUUGACAGAGGCAAGCAACCAAUGCAGAUCCAGGUAGAGCAACCUCAACAACACUAUCAGCAGUACCAUCAAUCACAGCGCCAUCAGGGAACCUACCACACAGACAGAGGACAGGGUUCAUACUUGGCCGAUCGGUUGCCAGAGGCGAAGAAACCAGAGGAGAUUGAUAAAAAGGAUCACCCUAGAUAUUGCCCAUAUCACAUAUUGCUUGGGCACACCAUAGAAAGUUGUAUCAGUUUCAAAGAAUGGCUUGAGAAGAACUUCAAGAAUGGGAACAUAACGAUCCCGGAAGAAUAUCUGAGGGAACCUGAAAAAGGUUCUAUCAAUAUGAUUUCGGUCGAUCCCAGUGUUCCGCUUGACUCCUACACAGCUGACGCCAGAUGGGACACAAUUUGA